AGGAUAAGGGUACCGUUGGCGGAGUUGCGAACUGUGCCAGAGCAUUAUAUCUGGUUUCUGCUGGAAGGUACCCCACCAAUUAACUUGACCCUAGUGAAUACAUCAACAUCUUCGGAGGGCGGUUUCAAAAUAAAAGGAUUCCAAAUAAAGCAGACGGCCGGUACCUACAAGUACACUCUACUAGCAGAAAACAAUGAAGGAAAUGACUCAAAAACGGUUGAAGUAGCCGUUCUGGGUAAGGAUUCAACGCUGUUAAAUUUCAUUCAAUGUAGAUAAGACAUUUUGCAAUUAACAGCCAUAGUAGUUCGCACAAACAGUUGUGUUGAAUUUUGUCGUUAUUUUAUCCGUUGACGAUUCAGUUCAUUCGGGGAAAAAUGAAUGUACAAAGUUUUAGUCUACUUUUUCUUGUUUCGCCACUGUUUUGAACACGGGUAAUUUAUGUCCAUUUAGGUUUGUAAACAAUACGAAUUUACCAAAAUAUAAUAUCGGAAAUUCGGUUUUACCCUUAAUCAAUAAGUAAAAAUGAAAAUUCGUUAUCAAUACUGUAUUAAUGCAUUUAUCGAAGUGUACCGCUUUCUUGAGAAAUUGUCCCUAUCAACUGCCUUAUUCAUGCGCAAUUCAUUUUGUAGAUUGCAAUNGAAGGAAAUGACUCAAAAACGGUUGAAGUAGCCGUUCUGGGUAAGGAUUCAACGCUGUUAAAUUUCAUUCAAUGUAGAUAAGACAUUUUGCAAUUAACAGCCAUAGUAGUUCGCACAAACAGUUGUGUUGAAUUUUGUCGUUAUUUUAUCCGUUGACGAUUCAGUUCAUUCGGGGAAAAAUGAAUGUACAAAGUUUUAGUCUACUUUUUCUUGUUUCGCCACUGUUUUGAACACGGGUAAUUUAUGUCCAUUUAGGUUUGUAAACAAUACGAAUUUACCAAAAUAUAAUAUCGGAAAUUCGGUUUUACCCUUAAUCAAUAAGUAAAAAUGAAAAUUCGUUAUCAAUACUGUAUUAAUGCAUUUAUCGAAGUGUACCGCUUUCUUGAGAAAUUGUCCCUAUCAACUGCCUUAUUCAUGCGCAAUUCAUUUUGUAGAUUGCAAUCAUUUGUGUCGCAGUACAGGUUCGAUAACAAGUUCUGACAAAGUUACCAACGAACACGACUGUAGUAAAAGCAACAUAACACAUAACUGGAAUUGUAUCCCAACUACAACUACUAACUUGUGA